AUGAUUAGUGCGAAGGCACCCCUCAAGUCGUCUAAGCUUCGCAAAAGAACCAAGGUUCCGCAAGCGUGUAGCAGAUGUAGGUACAAAAAAAUGAAAUGCAACGGUCACUAUCCAUGCUCAAGAUGUGUGCAAUCGAAGGUGGAAUGCUCAUUCAAAUCUGGUGCAAAUGAUAAUAAUGAGAGCUCUGUAUACAAUAAUACUGCUAAGAUCCAAAAUGAGAUUGAAAGUAUUGAUACAAGUCUAAGACGGCUCAAAUCACAUUUUCCUCAAGGUAGGAACACAUUACAUGACCUUGAGGAUGCCAUUGGAAAAUUGACUAAAGAUGUGCAAGACCAAUAUAAUGCGCAUCUGAAUUUAGAAGAGGUUGCUCGGUUCUCAGGAGAAAAAUCUAUCGAAACUCAUCUACUAGACCGUGGGGCUCUUAAACCGAAUGAUUUCUGCUCUUUUGAUACAGCAGAAUCCCCAAGGAAACCCCUAAAUAUUUAUUUUGGGCUCUAUUCUCCUCUGCUACUGAUAUCUGCGCAGGGUGGAGGAUGGUUAAUAAGAGCACUUUUAUCGAAGUCCUCGGAUUGUGAAAUGAAAUUAACUGUAUUCUUGUUUCUCAAGUUUUUGGAUUCUCAUGGUACUGUAUCCGAGAUAGAGCAGAAAGCCAGUAACGUGUCUCCACUGGAAGGGUAUCUUAUAAGAAAUCAUCUGAAACCUUUCGAAGACCCUUUGAUGUUUUGCUUGACUAAGGCUUUGUCAAUAAUCCCUAAUUUUUCCACCGAGCCAGGGAUUGGUAAUGAUAGCAGCUACACUUUAAUUUUCAAGACCACGGUCUUACUCUUACAGCAGCAUCAGGAAUUGUUGAAAGCUAGCUCUCUAAACCCACAAAAAGUCAACCUUUUUUUCGAAGAAGACUCUUUGAUAUCGAGCUUGAAUUACGAACUGUUUGAACGCACAUUGUUCAUUGGUAUGCCCGACCUCGAGAAUUUAAAAACCCUGCUAAGCCUUAUAUCGUUGCGGUAUCCACUAGAUUUUAAUUUGGAGACGGGGAAGCUUGUAUCCACUAUAUGUCGCCUCGCUCUUGAUCUAGGUCUUGAUCGAUGGGAAUACAAUAUAGGAAGAACCGAGGAAGACGCAAAUCAAAGGCGGCAGGUUUGGUGGCAAUGUUGUUGGUGGGACAAAUGGUAUGCCACUAUUUCGGGAAAGGCGUUUCUGCUAACAGAGGACACCGCUUUGUCACUGUUUCCCAGAGAAUUAGCAAAGAUUCACGUUGACUCCUCUAUGACUGUGUAUGAUCUCCUAUGCAGCUACCACCAUGAUGCGCUAGACGUGGAAUGUUCUUUGUCAUUUGGUUACAUUUUGUUGGUUAAGCUUAUUGAAGAAGUGCAGAAAACUAUCUUAUAUUCAAGAAAGUUUACACACUUCAGUAUUUUUUCAACGCGCUCCUUGAUGAACUUUCAUGACACUAUCGGAGAAUUGCUGGCAAGAGCUCACAGAAUCUCGGAGAUUUUUGGUCUUUUGGAUAAAACAUUUUUACAGUUUCUCACUGGUAACACAGGAAACUCAGCAGUUUUCGAACUCUAUUUGCAUAUGCAAGCAGUGAGAAUUAUUUGCGCUCAGGCAAUAGGGUGCCAGCUAACCAAACUUCAAAAUGUUUCUCCGAAACAAGUUGUUCCGAAGAUAAGAGAUGUUUCCCAAAAUUUAAAGGCCAAUCUACUCGCUACGUUCGACGAAACAAUGAAAACGUUGCUUGCACAAAAUAAGUCAUACAUAUUCGUCAGAUAUGCAUGGUAUAUUACUGUUCUAUUUCUGUGUGCGGUUCGAAUUAUGGUAGAAAAAUCGCAGCCAAAUGCGCUGAAUACUCUGUCUCUGAUUUGUUGUGUCGCAAAUAGGGCUUCGCAAGCAAUUUUAUACGGCCGAGAUGAUGCUGAGACGUCCAAGCGCACAAGUCGUAAUACUUGGCACCCCCUCAUGCUCCUUAUCAUCUCUCGUAUCUGUUGUUUGGUAUUCAUGAAAGACCACAACAUGAAAAAGGAUGAGCUCUGCUCGAAACUAGCAGAGGUAGGCCCGGAUUGUGCACAAGCAGCUAUUGUCGCACUAAAUUCAAACGAUCAAGCCUUCAAUAAUUUGAAAAGCUCGGACAGAAUAUCGUUUCUGCGAGAAGCUAUACUCCAAGAAGUAAAGAUGCAGAUUCGUGAUUUUGAAGAUGACAAGGUCUUCGAAGAGGAGAUGGAUUAUGGAGCCUUCUCGGUACUUGACGCAGAGAAUGAUAUCUCGAACUUUUUAUCGGAUGUGGAUUUUCAGAGCUUGGAGGCUUUACUCUACAUGAAUCGUGCGGAAGACUUGCUAGACCUUUCCUAG